AUGAUGGAGGCUAAGGUUAAAUUUCUCGUCAUUCCCACCGUUUUCCUGUCGUUAUUCCUUAGUAAGUUAGGCACAUGCCAGGAAUUCGACCGGUCCAGCAGAAUUAUUCACACUCCGUUAGGCUCCCUUGUCGGUGUAAAUUACCCCGGUGCUGACGGUAACGUGGCAUGGACAACGUACAAAGGGAUUCCGUUCGCUGAACCUCCUGUAGGACCUCUGCGAUUCGCCCAACCCAAGCCAAAAGAACCAUGGCAGGAUGUGCUGAACGCGACGGAAUAUGGGCCUGAAUGCCCUCAGCCACAGAGGGACUAUACGAGUGAAGACUGUCUGACUCUCAACCUCUUCGUUCCGACUGUCAAUGUCACAGAGGGUCCACUUGCAGUCAUGGUUUGGAUCCAUGGCGGGGGCUUUGAAUCUGGAGCUGGGUCACAUUAUGACGGUUCCGUCCUUGCCGUUCGUGGGCGUGUCAUCGUGGUGACUGUGAAUUAUCGUCUUGGGGUGUUAGGAUUUCUAAGCACCGGUGAUGACUCCGCCAAGGGAAACUACGGACUCUGGGACCAGCGACUGGCCAUUCAGUGGGUCAAGGAAAAUAUUGCCUAUUUCCAAGGUGAUGCAGAUAGAAUAACAAUCUUCGGUGAAUCUGCGGGUGGAAUCAGCAUUGGUAUGCAAGUUAUAUCUCCGGUUAACAACAGGUCUCUGUUUCAAAGAGCCAUCUUGGAAAGCGGCACAGCUAAAGCAGUGUUCACGGAUUCACAUGAAGGAGCAGCAUCCCGAACCAAGCAAAUGGGCCUUCUCCUACAGUGUAACAACGUCGACGACUCCAGAAAACUGAUUGAGUGUCUGCGCGCUGCUACGGCAGAAGACAUAUUGAAGGCUGCAGAAAAGCUGGUUCUUACGGUUGUUCAGUUAUCGCCUUACAAUCCAACUAUCGACGGGGAUUUCCUCCCUGACUACAUUCACCACCUGUCUGCUUCAGGGCUCGCUAGUCAGUAUGAUCUCAUUGUGGGCUCAAACAGUGACGAAGGAAGUCUUGCUCUCAAUUCGGGAAUCAUUCCUCCUAACAUUGACUCGUCUUUAAUGCCUUUUAUAAUAGCCCUAGCCGUUUCUCCUGUCUGUGACUGCACAAACUACCUCGAUUUGACAGAGACAGCGACGUUUUUUUACACGGCAAGCACAGGCCUAGAUGAUGGCAGGCAAAAUGUUCGCACUGUACUUGAAAUGAGCGGGGACAGCCUCUUUGUGGCACCGGCAACCGCGACUGCCCGUCACCACUCCCUCCUGUCGGACAAGUACAACCACUCCUCCACCUCCUACAUGUAUUACUUCACGUAUCUCUCAGAAGUUGAAAGCAACCCCUUUCCACCUGAUCUAAUAGACGGUGCUGGACACGGUUUCGAAAUUAACUUUGUGUUCGGGACGUAUUUGAUCACUCAUCCAGGGAGUGUAUCUGCGAAGCUCAGUCAAUCAAUGGUAGCCUUCUGGUCAAACUUUGCCAAGCAUGGGUGA